UUUUAAGAUUAAUAAUAAUAGGAAAUAUUUCAUUUGUAAAUUUAUUAAAAUGAAUACAUUUGCUAAAAAAUUAUGUAUAAAUGUAUCUUCAUAUUUCAAAUUAUUUAUGGGGAUUUACAUAUCUUUUAACCUUUUUUGGUUGGUAUAAUAUGUGUGCUAAAUGAAAUCUAGUGUUAAAAAAGGAAAAGUACCAGUGUUUGGUGCAUUGCAAACAUGUUGUUUUUGUAUUAAAUUUGAUAAAAACUUGCAUGAAAAUAUGCAAGACCAUUGUGAAAAUGAGGGAGAAGAUAGCAGUGCCCCUCAUUCUGAAAUAAUAUGCGCGGGGUGUCUCAAUGCAAUUGAUGAUGAAGAGUUUGUAUCUGCGCUUGGACAAGAAUGGCAUAUGGAAUGCUUCAGAUGUUCCGCAUGUGAUGCUUCUUUAUCCAACUGGUAUUUCGAAAAAGACGGUCUUCUUUUUUGUAAAGACGAUUAUUGGGCACGUUAUGGAGAAUCUUGUCAACAAUGUAGCCAGAUAAUAACAGGACCUGUAAUGGUAGCCGGAGAACAUAAAUUUCACCCUGAAUGUUUUUGUUGUGGAUCUUGUAGCGCAUUUAUAGGAGAUGGUGAUUCUUACGCCCUUGUGGAACGUUCCAAACUAUACUGUGGACAAUGCUAUAAAAGGCAAAUGCAACCUUUGCAGAAAACUGCGGGGUUUCCUUUUGCUCGUAAACCACAUUCUAUACGUUUGGUGGAGAUACCGGGGGGACAAAAAGGCAUUAAAUUGUCUAAAAAUGCUCUACAGCCUGGUUGUAAUACACAAUGUUUCACUAUAUCAGAGUUUUUAUGGAAAAUACAAGGGAAAUUACUACGAGUGGCUUUUGCGUUUCUAACAUCUGCUUUUAACAUUUGCUGCUAUUUUUUACCCCCCUAUAGGUUAGAUGUGAAUAACGAUCUUAUGUCGUUGCAUAUUGGCGACAAAAUUUUAGAAAUAAAUGGUAUGCCCGUCAAAGAUACCUCUUUGGAAAACGUAGAAAAUCUAUUAAGGUAUUCCGAUACGGUGUUACAGUUGACUAUUGAACACGAUCCACAAACGAUAUCUCAUAAUCUUGCCAAAUUUACAGCUUUAAGACAUUCGAAUGUACCUUUAACUACCACUGCUAGCGAUACCAACAUUCCAAAUAUAAAAACAUUACAAGAUAAUAUUAAAUGUUGCGGCUCUUCAGAUUCUCUCACAGGAUAUCCUAGAGAUGUUUUUAAACCUCCUGAUAGUCCGGAAAAACCUAAUAUCACUGCGAUAAACAAAGAAAGAUUAUUCAAGAGAAAAGACGAGGGUUAUAUGAGCGGAACUAGAUCGAGACAAUUGAGAAGAAAGAAUAAUCUGUCUGAUAAUCAAUGUUUGGAUAAAGAGAGAAGUUCUUCUAUGAGCAGACUAUUAGAUGAGUCUCCGAAUUCAAAGAGAUGCUUGGAAUUAUCGCGAGCUUAUUCGUUUCUGGAACCUAGACCACAACAGAGGGUUUUCAGGGCUUCCGAUUUAGUAAAAGGAGAGUUAUUGGGACAAGGAUUCUUCGGGCAAGUUUACAAAGUAACUACUAGAGAUACGGAAGAAGUUAUGGUAUUGAAAGAACUGUAUAGAGUAGACGAAGAAGCUCAGAAGAAUUUUUUAAAAGAGGUUGCAGUUUUACGAAGUUUAAAUCAUAAUAACGUUCUACGGUUCAUUGGAGUUUUGUAUAAGGAAAGGCGACUCCAUUUAGUGACGGAAUAUAUUUCCGGUGGUACUUUAACUGAUUUAUUACACGAUUCCUGUCAACCCCUACCAUGGGAACAAAGGGUGUCCUUUGCUAAAGAUAUAGCUGCCGGAAUGGCGUAUCUACAUUCGAUGAAUAUUAUCCAUAGAGAUCUCAAUUCUCAUAAUUGUCUCGUUAGAGACGAUAAAACUGUGAUAGUAGCCGAUUUCGGUCUUGCCAGAAUCAUUUCUCACGCUACUAACAGUACAAGAAAAGUAUCGCCCAAAAACCAGACUAAUACCAAACGUCAAGAAAGAAAAAAACGAUACACUGUAGUCGGUAAUCCUUAUUGGAUGGCUCCGGAAAUGAUGAAAGGAAAUAAAUACGAUGAAAAAGUUGAUAUUUUCAGUUUCGGUAUAAUAUUGUGUGAGAUAAUAGGUAGAAUCCAAGCAGAUCCGGAUUUUAUGCCGAGAUCCAACGAUUUCGGAUUGAACCAAAUGGCUUUCAAAGAAAAAUUUUGCUGUUCUUGUCCGGAACCCUUCUAUAAAAUCGCUUUUCUUUGUACAGAUCUCAACCCCGAUAAACGCCCUCCGUUCGAAGUGAUGGAAGUGUGGUUGGAAUCGCUUUCAAUGCAUCUCAGCGUCGGUAUGCCUCUACCUCCAGAUCUCCUUUUCGACAUCCAACAUUUUCGCGGACUGAGUCCCAGUUCUUCGGGGAGUACCACUCCCGAUGGGAUACCUUCAGGGCAUCGCAGUCCGGCUUUGGAACCGAUCCGCGAAGGCAAAAUGGCCGAUACGAAGAGGAGCUCCGAGAAGAUAUUCUCGGAUUGUAAUAAGAGUAGAAGUUCCGAUAGGAUCUACGACGGUAGCAGGAAUCGGAGCAACGAAAAAAUUUAUUCCGACGAUGAAAACGGGAAAAGUAAAAGCAACGAGAAUAUCAGAUCAAUUAUGAAAGUCUCGUCUGCGGAAAAUGUUGAUAAACCUGUUAUUACGAUUUGUGAUUUCGGAGAUGGAAAUGAUAAACAAGGAGAAACUACAUACGUCCCCAAAUCUCCAAACAGUCUCAUAAUGUCCGAUGUAGAAAAAGGUUUCCCGAACUACGAAAAUAUAGAUUUCCUGAAAAACGAUAUGGUAUAUAUAGGACAUCAAGAAAAACCUAUCGCCAUCGAAAAAUUAGAAUGCGACCCCCCUAGAACCGAAUCGACUACUACCCCGCACACCGACAACAACCUCAGAGAAAAUAUUUCACCCCAUUUAAGAAAGAUUCCGAAAAAUUUCACGAGGAACCGUUUGGUGAAGGAAAUGAAAGAAAACCAAGCGCGAGAAGAGAAAAUUAAGUUAAAAAGCUUCGAUGCGGAUCACGUUGCUAAAGUGUCCAAUUUAAAUUUGAACAGUAUCGGCGUGAGUACCUCACAACCGUCACAAGUGACGGAAAAAUUCGUGAGCAAUUUGAAAAAUGUUAAUCUAAAUGGAAAUCCAAAAUACCAUCGAUCGAUGAGCGAAACCAACGAAAAUUCCGAAAGAAAAUCCAUUUUAACUAGGAGAAGAUACACCAAGGAUUCGGAUAACGUGAGAUUUUUAAAACGAACCCCUAUUUUGAAGAGAAGAUCGCCUACUAAAACCGAAAAUCCGGAAGAAAUUUUAGAAAAACAAUCUCCUGAUUCGGAUUCUAAGGAAAAGUUGAUGGAAAAACCUUCUCUGCUGUCUAAAUUAACUCCUAAUCUACAGAGGCGAACGGGUUUUUUAAAUAUCGAAGAUACGUCGGGUAACGUUAACAAAAAACCGUUUUUAGUAGCAGCCGCCUCCGGAAGUAUCGUAAGGAACAUGGUGGAUAGUUUGAAUAAAAAAAGUCCGUUGAGUUUCGGAAACAGGAGCAGCUUCGGUAGAUGUUCUUUGAAUUUGACAGGUUCCAAUAAAGUUAAUCUUAAAAAAGUCGGUAGAAGUCCCAGUCCGGACGAAUACACAGUUUUGUGAUGAAAAUAAGUCGAAAAUAUCCAUUUCAUAAGUCAAUUCACCACGAUUGUAUCAAUAAUACGGGGCAUUUUAAUUAACACUACAGAAAUAGGAUGAUACACGCAGUUAGAAUAACUAUAAUUCGUUACAUAACCUCCAAAUAUCUAAAAUCUGAAAUAUUCCAAAGGAAAAAUUAUUUAGUUUGUCCCCGUGAAUUUAUUUAUAUUUAUUGAUCUAAUUUACAUAUACUUACAGUGUCUUUAUUGGUUCUUUUCAGCAGUUGCUUUUACUCAUCUAUUCUCCUUAUUUCCAUUAUAUCCCACUGGAUACGUUCCGGGCUAUUUAUUUAAGAAAAACUAUAUAACUUGAAAUAUUUCGAAGAAAAAAUCUUUUCGAUUGCUCCCUGUACAUUUUAUUACAUUGUUAGUUUGAUCAACUUUUGGUAAAAUUUAUAUAUAAACAUGAAAACUAUAUUGAUUCGAUUUAAUGAUAAAAAUUCUGUAAUAAGACGUACUUCUACCAAACUCAUUGAUCUCUUUGAAGACACCCUGUAUUAUAAUAAACCUGUUUCUUAUAUUCUUUAAUACGAACCAUAAUCAUCAAUUGUGUUAUCCUAUUUACUGCGCCAGUUUUUGUUACUGUUUUACAGUUUUCCCGUAUAUAACGUAUAUGAAUUUCGACCGAAUUUCCUCAUCUUUUUGACACAACCUACACAAAAAUCCUGUUUUCUUCGUUCUUUGAUAAGAAGCAGAAUCUUCCUUUGCAUUGCUAUGAUAUGAAAAUGAUGAUUACAAUGGUUCUUUUGUUCUCAAAUAAUAACGAAAUCUUCGUUUGUUUUACAUAAAUUUGUGUUUUUACAUUUUAUCGUAUUAACUGCGCCAAUAAACUCAUAUUGGGAACAUUCUGUAUUAUGAUAAGUAAUCCUCCUUUUUUCUUAAAUAUUUACCAGACUGUUCAUUUGUGCUCUAUAAUCCUCCAUUGUCUUUUUUCUAAGGAUUUUAUCCUAUUGAUUGCGCCAAUUUUGAAUUUUUGCGAUAACCUGAUAAUUUUUGUAGUUUCGGAGACAUUCUGUAAUAUAAAGAUGGUAUGUCUUACAUAAAUGUAUGUUUUUAUCAAGAGUUUAUCCUAUUAACUGCGCCAAUUUUAGAUUUUUGCGAAAACUGAAGAUAAUUUUCGUAUAUUUUUCUUGGUAAAUUGAAUUUUCUCGCAUUAUCGAUUGAAUCUUCUUAUCCUUUUAAAAGAAGCUACCGAAAAACAUAUUCCUGUAUUGUUACAGUUCAAUGACAUAAAAACUCUGCAAUCAGAUGAAAUUCAUUGCUCAUAUUGGGAACAUUCUGUAUUAUAAUAAAUUUUUGUGUUCCUUUGCAUAUAAAUACGAAUUGGAAUCUUCAUUUGUGUUUUAUAAUCCCGCAUUGUACUUUUUAAGGAAAUCAUCCUAUUAACUGCGCCAAUUUCGUAUUUUUUACAAAAAUAGAAGAUAAUUUUCUUAUAGUUUUGGAGUAUUAUAAUGAUGGUUUUGAUAUUUUAAUGGUUCUUUGCGAAAACCUGAUAAUUUUUUUUAUACUUUUGGAGACACUUCGUAUUAUAAUGAUGGUUAUGAUGAUUGUAAUGGUUCUUUAGUUUUUAAAUAAAAACAAGACUCUUUUAUGUAUGUUUUUAUAAGGAGUUUAUCCUAUUGACUGCGCUAAUUUCGUGUUUUUACGAAAAGCAGUCGAUACUUUUAUCUAUCUAAAAAUAUUGUUUCUGGAGUCUUUUUAAUCAUUUAAUAUAUAUAUUAACAGUGAUAUAACAAAAUCAUUUUAUUUAUAUUGUUUUUCUAAAAUUUUAUUUGGUUGGUAAUUUAAUUAUUUGUUUAAAAAGUUUUAAAAACAGUACAGCGUGUUUAUAAAAAUAAAUUACAUUGCGCUGUAUAAAUUAGCUCUCUUCUAAUUGUUCUUAUUAACUCUAAUCAUGCUGUGAUAAAAUUAGUAUUUAUGUAAAUAUAUAAUCGAAUAAAAUCAUUCCAAGUUUGAAUUUUUUGUUUUAUAAAACGUGCCUAGCAUUUUAAUAUUCUUUAUUGUGAUAUUUAAAUGGCCCCCUACAACUAAUUUACCCCCCAUCGUAAAUUUAUUUUUUAAUUUUGUAAACAUUUAGAAAUUUUAUCUUGAAAAAUCAAAUAUUUUCUUAAUUUACACAAAAAAUAGUUGAAAUUGUGGUUUUAUUAAAUUUACAGGUCCGUCAUCGCCUACUAACUGUUUAAAUAUUUAAAUAUUUUCAACUGUCAGUAUGAAAUUUUUCAGUUCUUAUUAGAAAAAAAAAUUUGAUUGUUGGUGUACUGGUAUGAAUAUCAACAAGUUCUUUCAAUUUUUUUUGUAUUACAUUAAUAUAAAGUUGUAGGUAGCCAUUUCGUGUAGUAUAUUGGGUCCCACAUUUUUUUAUAUUAAUUACAAAAUAGUUUUACUAGUUUUUAAGUACUGAUAUAUAUUAAUAUUGUAUAUUCAUUUUUUUUAAAUAUUGCUAUUAUCUUUUUUAAAUAUUUUUAUCAAGAAAUCUGUAAAUAAAUAAAUUUUUCGCAGUAA